AUGCCAGCUAUCGCGACAUUGCAACAACCCACCGCACCUCUCCAGGUGUGGAACUCGCUGGUUAAAAAGUGCAUCCCGCGGGAGGAAAAUGAAGACAUCAGAUUUUGGUGGAAUCUGACUGGAUACCAUCUGGGUGUGAUGAUUGAUGCCGCUGGAUAUUCGCUUGAGAAGCAGUAUGAAGUCCUUCUCUUCCACUAUCAUUGGAUUGUUCCUCGGUUAGGACCAGCACCAAAGCCCGACGGUACUCCCAUGUUUAAGUCUCUAGUAGCCUAUGAUGGCUCGCCUUUCGAGUACUCCUGGAAGUGGAACACCAGCACUGGUGAGCCUGAUAUCCGCUACUCGUGGGAGGCAGUUGGUAAGAACUCGGGUACACCAUCAGACCCAUUGAACCACGAUCCGUCACUGGACUACAUGGACAAGGUGACUCAAGUGCUGCCCAAAACCGACUACACUUGGUUCCGUCACUUCCUGGCGGAGAUUUAUAACCCCGACCGGGGCUUUUAUGCUAAAGAGCUGGAAGCUGGUGAGCCUCCAGCCACCACACUCAUGCAUGCUGUGGAAUAUAAUAAGAAAGCCGACUUUGGGCUCAAGUCCUAUUUUUUGGCAAGGAAGCUGUUCCAAGGAGGCGACCCUGCGACUUUGCAGGAGUGGGACAAUGCCAUUGUAAAGCUGAGCCCCGGCGAGGCUCACCCUGGUAGAGAUGCCUUGAUGCAUUUCCUGGCCACCAGCCCCGAGGGCAAAUUAAUGAAGCCAAACGUCAUGGGCAUGGACAACGUUGAGUCAUCGAAAUCCCGCCUGAAGAUGUAUUUCACGUCAGCAAACACCAGCUUCCAGUCCGUUCGCGAGAUCAUGACAAUGGGCGGGAUCUGUGAUAUCUCCGAAGAGAGCCUGCAGGACCUUCGCUCCAUGAUCCUCGCUGUGCUGGGUCUGCCAUCAGACUUCCCGGAAGAGCAGAAUAUUUCCGUUGAGGCAACAACCGGCGGUAACUCAUGGAAGGAUUUUGAAGCAUUGUGCGAAGGAUUCAUCUACUUCUUCGACAUUGCCCCCGCCAAUGGCAAGCCGGAGGUCAAGUUCUACCUAACCACUCGCAAGUAUGGUGCCGAUGACCUGACUAUCGCCCGGAACUUGGUGGGUUGGAUGAAUGCACACGGCCGUGGCGCAUACUCUGAUGCGUACAUGGGUAUGUUGGAGAAGAUUGCCGAACACAGAGGUCUGGAGAACGGCAAGGGAAUGCAUGCCUAUAUCAGUUACCAGUGCUCUCAGAAGGGGGAGCCAGAUGUGAAGUCAUACAUCUCCCCUGAACUGUAUCACAAGGCUCGAUACUCAGGCAUUUAA